AGAGAGCAGAUAUGAGAGUUCCUUAUACUACAACUACUUGUCUUCACCUUCUCAUUUCUCUGUUUCUCUUACUAUGUUCAGUCUGUUAUGGGUACAGUGAUCUUCAAGUUCUGUUGAAGCUCAAAUCUUCUAUGAUUGCUCCCAAACGUUCAGGACUCGAAGACUGGCAACCAUCAUCUAAUUCCACUGCUCAUUGCUCCUUCUCUGGGGUUUCAUGCGAUGAAAACUCACGUGUAGUCUCUCUGAACGUGUCGUUUAUGCCUCUCUUUGGUACGAUUCCGCCGGAGAUUGGCCUGUUAAACAAGCUUGUGAACCUCACAAUUUCCAACGUUAAUCUCACCGGGGAACUCCCUUUAGAGAUGGCCAAACUAACUUCUCUCAAGGUUUUCAACAUAUCCAACAACGUCUUUAAAGGCAAUUUCCCUGGACAAAUCGUUCUUGGAAUGACAGAGCUUGAAACUCUCGACGUUUACAACAACAAUUUCACCGGUCCACUUCCCACUGAGAUUGUAAGCCUCAAAAAUCUCAAACACCUCACUUUUGGCGGCAACUACUUCACCGGCGAGAUUCCAGAGAGUUAUUCAGAGAUUCAGAGUUUGGAGUACCUGGGCUUAAACGGUAAUACACUUACCUGUAAAGUCCCAGCAUUUUUAUCUCGGUUAAAGAACCUCAGAGAAAUUUAUAUCGGUUACUUCAACAUCUACGACGGGGAAAUCCCGCCUGCUUUUGGAACGCUGAGUGAACUCCGAGUUCUCGAUAUGGCUUCCUGUUACAUUUCAGGUGAAAUUCCUUCUAGUCUAAGUCAAUUAAAGCACCUGCACUCAUUGUUCCUUCAGAUGAACCACCUCACAGGUCAUAUACCUCCUGAACUCUCCAAUUUGAUUAGCUUGAAAUCUCUUGAUCUCUCCUUCAAUUCACUCACCGGGGAGAUACCCGAAAGUUUCUCUGCGUUAACAAGCAUCAAGCUGAUCAAUCUGUUCAAGAACAAUUUGUACGGUCCAAUUCCCGCGUUCAUUGGAGAUCUUCCGAAUCUUGAGGUACUUCAGAUAUGGGGAAAUAACUUUACACUGGAGCUCCCUCAGAAUCUUGGCCGGAAUGGGAAGCUCAAGAUGCUCGACGUUGCAUCGAAUCGUCUCACCGGGAUGAUUCCUCGUGAUUUAUGCAAAGGAGGGAAGUUGAAGUUGUUGAUUGUGAUGGACAAUUUCUUCUUUGGUCCAAUUCCUGAAGAGUUGGGCGAGUGCAAGUCUCUGAUCAAAAUCCGAGUAAUGUUUAACUUCCUUAAUGGAACAAUUCCUGCUGGAAUUUUUAAUCUGCCAUCGUUGAAUAUGAUGGAGUUAGACAACAACUUGUUAUCAGGCGAACUUCCAGAAAAGAUGUCAAGUAGCUCUCUCAAUCAGUUGAAAGUGGCUAACAAUAGUAUAACCGGGAAAAUUCCUCCAGCAAUCGGAAAUUUGCUGAAUUUGAAUAUCCUGUCUCUCCAUAACAACAGAUUUGAUGGUGAAAUUCCCAAGGAGAUCUUCAAUCUCAAGCAUAUUGCGACGGUAGACAUUAGUGGCAACAACAUUAGCGGUGAAAUCUCCCCUUCAAUUUCCAAUUGCAUUUCUCUAACGUCAGUUGAUUUCAGUGGAAACAAGCUCGAUGGGGAGAUUCCAAAAGGGAUUGUUGAGUUGAAAGAUCUGGGCAUUCUUAAUUUCUCAAGAAACCAGCUCACUGGUCCAAUACCAAAUGAAAUUCGAUAUAUGACGAGUCUCACAACUCUUGAUCUCUCAUAUAACAAUUUCUUGGGUAAUAUUCCCAUUGGAGGUCAGUUUCUUGCGUUCAACAUGACCACGUUUGAAGGAAAUCCCAACCUGUGUUUCCCGCCUCAGGUAACUUGCCCAGCAUUGUUAAAGUCAGGUAAACAUUCAGGCCACAACCAUGCGGCAUCAUUUGGUACUUCAAAGCUAGUGAUCACAGUCAUUGCCUUAGUCACUUCUUUGUUGUUGAUUAUCGUCACUGUUUAUAAAUUAAGAAAGAAGAGACUUCAGAAAUCAAGGGCGUGGAAGCUCACUGCAUUUCAACACUUAAAUUUCAAAGCUGAGGACGUGCUUGAGAGCUUGAAAGACGAGAACAUAAUCGGCAAAGGCGGUGCUGGGAUUGUCUACCGUGGGUCCAUGCCAGACGGUGUUGACGUGGCAAUCAAACGGUUGGUAGGUCCAGGGACUGGACGGAGCGAUCACGGUUUCUCAGCGGAGAUUCAAACUCUUGGUCGAAUCAAGCACAGAAACAUCGUGAGAUUGUUUGGUUAUGUGUCAAACAAGGACACCAACUUAUUAUUAUACGAAUAUAUGCCGCUUGGAAGUUUAGGAGAGUUGUUGCAUGGGGCAAAGGGAGGGCAUUUGCAGUGGGAAACGAGAUAUAAAAUUGCUUUGGAGGCUGCUAAGGGGCUGUGUUAUCUACACCAUGAUUGCUCGCCCUUGAUUAUUCACAGGGAUGUCAAGUCUAACAAUAUAUUGCUUGAUUUCGAUUACGAGGCUCAUGUGGCUGAUUUUGGCCUCGCCAAGUUCUUGCACAACCCAGGUGACUCUGAGGGCAUGUCAGCCGUUGCUGGUUCCUAUGGUUACAUUGCGCCAGAGUAUGCCUACACGCUAAACAUAGACGAGAAAAGCGACGUUUACAGUUUCGGUGUUGUACUGCUAGAGCUAAUAGCUGGGAAAAAGCCAGUGGGAGAGUUUGGAGAUGGAGUGGACAUAGUGAUGUGGGUCAGGAACACCAGAUCAGAACUCUCUCAACCGUCUGAUGCAGCUGCUGUGAUGGCAGUAGUGGACCCGAGGCUUAGUGGGUAUCCACUUGCAGGUGUCAUUCAUCUGCUCAAAAUAGCUAUGAUGUGCGUUGAGGAGGAACCCUCUACUCGACUCACCAUGAGGGAAGUUGUCAACAUGCUGGCCAAUCCUCACCAGUCUACUCCAAGCCUCAUCACCCUUUAGUUAUAUAUAUAUAUGGUUUUGGGAGGUUGGUUUGAGUAAAUAAAAACCAAAGCAAAUUGUAAUAAUUUUGUCACAAGAAAGCCACACUAACUUCAAUAGUGGGACAAGGUUGUGUGUGUGUUUGUUUGGUGAAAUAUUCUUUCACUGCCUGUAAAAUUCUGAUUUCGGUUCUUUAUUUUGUCUUUGUUUGUAAAAGCCAAUGAGCGAGCUACUUUU